UUCAUUGUUUAUUUUAGAGAGACACGCAGAAAUAAUGUGCUGGCGUAAUGAUGUAUAGUAAGCCAUUCAUGUACUCUUGCAUAUAACCCAUAAUCAUUUACUUAAUCAACAAAAAAUGCUUAAUCAAACAAUGCAUUUACAAUAUUACUCAAAUAUUACUGCAAUAUUUAAUCCACAACAGUGCAGAUGGUGGUUGCCCUGACAGCAAUAGGCACAAUUGGCAGUUAAAAUGGCCUUUCGUGCCCACCUCAAAGUAUUCAGUAGGGGCAGACCAGGGCCCUAGCAGAUGGGAUGUCCACUGUGGGCUCCUCAGUGGGGAAAAACAGAGCUUGGAAGUCAUGAAGCACUCUGAAGUGUGACAUACCUGUGGCAGAGGAGGUGUGUAGAUUGUGGGACAGCUAGGCCCAAUCGAGAUAGUUCUUCCAUGUGGAAGAGGUGGCAAAGCAUUACAGAAACUUCUCCACUUGCAGAUUGGCUCUUUCCAACAGACUGUUGGUCUGCAGAUGAUAGCCAGAAGACAAACUCAUUGAGGUGUGAAGGCCCACCAGAAGUGGGAUUCAAAUUGUGGGUCCUGGUCUUACACAAUGUCCUGAGGGAAGCUGUGGAGGUACACUACAUGUUGAAGAUCCAGGACCGAUGCCUCAGUGGCUGAUGGAGGCUUGGGGGGGGGGGGCAAUAAAGUAGGCCACCUUGGAGAACCAGUUGACUAUCAUGAUCACUGUGGCCCCCAUUGGAAGUUGACAAACCCAUGAUAAAAUCCAUAGUGAUGUGGGACCAUGGGCAUAGAGGGGCAAGAGGCCCCCUGGUUGAAGGAAUUGGACCAGGUACACUGAAGGCAGGCAACAAUGAACUGAUGUACAUUUGUGAUCAUGGUGGGCCACCAGAAUCAGCAAUACAGAAAGUACAGAGUCCAUCGUAUACCUGGAUGGACAGCGAGGGGUGAGGAGCAGACCAACUGGAGUGCAUCAGAGCACACAGACGCCAUCAUGUACAUGCAGUUAUCAGGUGUGUCGGCUGGAACAGGCUCCUGAUAUCAGUCUUGGCAGAUCUGGUUCUCUGGGUCCCAGACGACUGGAGAAAGGAUCUGAAGCUGGAAUGAUGGGCUGAGGGUCGUCUCCAUUUCAUCUGGGUGUAGAAGCUCCCUGUCUCCUACUCCGUCAUGCCGCUGUGUAGAGUUGAACUUACAUGAGAAGUAGGCACAAAGAUGUGUCCUCUCAUCCACACUGCAUUGGGAGAGGAUCGUCCUGGCACCUACUUCAGAGGCAUCCACCUCUACCACAAAAGGGGUUCAGAUGGCAGAGAAUGGAGCAUGUCUUGAGAUCCUCAAAAGUGCAGUCUGCGGUAGCACACCAGGUUACCGGGGUGAGGGAGGUAAGAGGAGAAAUGAUUAGGCGGUAGUUUCUGAUGAAAUGGCGGUAGAAGUCGGAGAAGCCCAAGAAGCACUGUGGAUGUUUGAAAGGGGCUAUUGAACAAUGGUGAGCACUUUCUCUGGGUCCAUGGUUAUGCCUUGGGGUGAAUGGAUGUAACCUCGGAAGGAAAUGACUGGGGUGUGGAACAGGCAUUUUGCUGACUUGCCGUACAGUUGGUUUUGAGAUGCUGAAGGUCUGAAUGGACAUGACAGAUGUGGUCUUGGGGGGGUUCUUGGAGGAGAUGAGGAUGUCAUUGAGGUAGAUGAACACAUACCUGUGUAGCAUGUCUCAGAGGAUCUUGUUAAUGAAGGAUUGUAAAAUGGUUGGACUAUUGGUGAGUCCAAAAGGCAUCUCUAAGUAUUCGUAGUGGCCAGUGGGUGUUAUGAAUUCUGUUUUCCAAUCAUCCCCCCAGGAUGCAUAGAUCCAUUUUGGUGAAGAUCAAGGGAGAGGAGAGCGGUUCUUAAUAGUGAUUUUGUUGAGCCUACUGUAGUCAAUGCAAGGAUGAAGACCCCUAUCUUUCUUUUUAACAAAGAAAAUCCUGGCUAGGCACUGGGAUGGAUGAAUGAAGUCAUGCUGUAGAGCUUUGGCGAUGUAGUCAUUCAUGGCUUGGGUGUCAGGAAGAACACAUGACCUCAGGGAGGGGUGGUGCCCAGAAGGAGGCUGAUCACUCAGUUGUGUGUUCUGUGAGGUGCCCUAUUGCUGAAGGUGAUGGCCUUGGGGAUGGCUGCUGCCCAGAAGCAGGCCAAUCAUGCAGGUGCAUGGUCCGUGAGGCGGCAGGGUGCUGGCUUCCCUAUUACUGAAGGUCAUGACUAAGCUGUGAUAUUCCUGUGGGAGCUGGGUGAGGUCAAGAGUUCAUCCGUGUCCAUGGAUUUAUGGGUCGAAGUUAACGGAGGUUGCAAGCAGGAGGUCCAGCAGGUGGGUCUGCAGCUCAACAUUGCACUGGAUGGUCAGGUGUGAGUGGAGAGCCAGGAGCAGCUCAGGACGAGAGGAGUGUUAGAUGAGUCAAUCAAGAGGAAUUGGAUGAGCUCUCUAAUGCUCAUGUGCAAAAGUGUGUGAAUGCUCUGACUGUUCCAGACGCCCAAAAAAUGUCUGUUAAUGGCCCUGCUGUUGAGGCAAUGAGAGAUGGGUUCAUCAGGGAGUCUGCGCUGCAGACACAGGGUCCGAUCCGGGAAGUUGUCUGCUGGAAUCCACCAGAGCCUCCUGUGCAUGUGGAGCCAACAGAGUGUGGAGGAGAGAGGGAGACCAGCUAUGAUGCUGGAACAAAGGGCAGGGGUGAUAGGAGGCCCCUCAUCUCUAACUAGCGUUGGCGUCCCAGGCACAGUGGGUAAUUAUUGCGCUGGUAGGUGCCAGGUCCACAGUAAGUGCACAAGUUGUUUCUUCACUGAUGGUCGCUCUCUUGGGGGGGGGGGGGAGUUAUGGAAGCUCUCCCAAACUGCUGAGGGUCUUAAGGCAAAUGUGAUGAGGGUCUUGCAAGCUGAAAUGAAUCUGAGAAUAGAACUGGAAUUCUGGCUGUUCCAUAAUACGGAGAGCCAUGGUGAUGAGGCUUUGGAGUUUGGUGGGGAUUUCCCGGAUAGACAUUUGUCUUUCAAGAACUCUGAGAAGCCGUAAUGGUAAUGGGCCAGUAGAACACUCAUAUUCCAGCUGCACUCCACAGUGAGUGUCCUGAAUUCCAUAGUUUAAUCCAGCACAGAACAUGAACUUCAGUGCAGGUGAAGUUAUCAGAUCCAUAGCUCCCUUCCCCUUCCCAGAUGGCUGAAAACCCAGUGCAUCUCCUUGCUGAAAUCCUCAUUACUGCUGGAAAUAGUGGGUUUAUUGUCCCAGGUAAUGGUAGUCCACUAGCUAGAGCUUUCCCAGUCAGGAGAGAGAUGAGGAAAACAUUUUGGUCCAGUCUGUAGAAUACAGAGAGAAGUGGAGCUCGAAGUUUAAGACCCACAGGGACAGGAAGUUGUGGCAUUGGGCUGGAGAUCCACGGAAGUGUUUGGGCACAGGAAUCUAAGGCUUAGAAGGAGGAGGAUGACAGUCACAGAGUUGCUGCACUGAGGCAGAAAGUUGGGUGAAAAUGUUCAAUGGUUUCCUGCUGCUUCUGGAUUGUGGGCUCAUGUUGGGGGAUGACGUCUUGAGACAGGUAAUCAAUAGUUCACUCAUCCCGUCAGGAAAUGUAGAGGAUGCUUGAUUCAAAAGCUGAGUAGUUGAGGUGAUUCAGCAGUAACCAAUAACCAUUAACUUUAAUAUCAGACAGCAAAAUAACAAGCUAUGAGGGGGCACAAACCAAGAGAGAGCAACAACUCAAUACUACUGGCAACUAGGAGCAGCUGGUGGAAGCCAGUUGGUUCAAUGAGUGAACAGGGACUGUGGAUGAGAACUGGGGAUAAACAGGAAGUGGGACCAAAAAGAAAGAACAGAACCAUGGAAAGUUCCUCCUGGAUCUCUUGAGGCUAUUGAAGCUAGUGCAGUCAGUGUAUGAAAUGAUUUGGUGAAGAUCUGAUCCAGUUAGGCUGAGAAUGGCCAACAUCCAUCAAUGCCCUUUGGAGGCUUAGAGAUGUUCAGGAAAUGCAGCACCUAUCUGUUCCUCCCCUUGUGAGGCUGAACUCAUUUCUGCGGGUCCUCCCUAAUCUGUCAAUCUGAUAAACUUUUAUCAAUUAUGCAUUAUGCAAUAUUAACCUAAUUUUAGAGCCCCUAUGUUGCUCUAAAUAAAUGGACCAAGUAUAUCCAAUUUAAUGAGGAAUCAUUCUUAUAGUUCUCAUCCGAACCUCUUAAAAACCCAAUGCAUGAGGAUCCAAAUCUGGACUCUAUUCCCAAUCUGGUCUUCAAUCCAAAUAAUGAGAGAAAGGAAACCUUUACAUAUAUAAAUGUCUUCUUUAGUGAACAGCGUGAAGUGUAUCAUAUUUUCCUUUCCCUUAGCUUCUGCCUAUUGGAUAAUUAUCAAGGGAUUGAGAUUAUCCUGCUGUGUCAGAGGAUGAGAAGUGAAGGAAGGAAAGUCCCACUAAGCUAGAUUAAUGGCGAUUGUAUUUUUUCUUUUGCCUACAUAUUUAUUGUUUGACCAGAUCAGACUGAACACCCAUGUGAAUACCCAAACACAGUUGUUCCUUUGGAAAAAUACAUGACUUCUUGGAGUGUUACAAAUCCUGUGAGAAGACAUAAAAUCCUAUCUUUGUGUAGCACCUCUAGGAUAUCUCAAAGUAGUUUAAUGAUUAAAUACUUCAUUGUUUCCUCAGGAUGUCCUCUGGGAUCAUGGUUGAUUUGCUUUCAUUGCCAUUCUGUGGGUUCAAGAUCAGGAUCUAGACCAAGGGUGCCCAGCCAGGGGGCCACAGACCCCUUGCUUAAUGGCAUAAAAGGUUUGAGAACGCCCUGAUGUGGACAGAAGGCAAUUCAACAAGUGAUUGUCUAAAACAUUUAAAGUACUUGAUUUGAUGUUAAGUAUUUUGAGAUUUUCUCAAGGUCACAAGAGAUGAGGCCACAGAUGGGAAGGAGGUAGAUUGUUAGUUUGAGAUGUGGUCUGAGUUCUGUCUGUCUGCUUCUGACCUGGUUAGCAAUGCCAUGCUCCCUCUUUACUGCCGGUCACGGAUCCCCACCCCCAGUGCGGAUGUUGCACUCUUUUGCAAGGAGGGUUUAAGAAAGUUCAGAAUAUGGUGUCUGUUUUCAUAGUCAGGCAUUGGGCAUCUGAACAGCUCGGCCUGCCCACGACCUUACUGAAUAUAACUAGGGCCCGAUGCCCUAGUUGGAGAGGACACAGAGGCUGUCUUGGGGAUGCUGUCAGUGGAUUAUGCAAGAGCAGCUUUGCUGGUAUCCCUUCAAGACCUUGAAGUGCCCCCCUGUCAGUAAUUCAAGUCUCAGUACCUACAGAGGAAUGAUGGUCAGCACGCCGAACAUUUCCCCGUUUUUCUUCACAACACCUUUUAAAUCCACCUGGGUCAAAGAUGCCCUCUCCCACGAGUGCAGUCCUCGGUUCGGCGCCGAGGGCUGACUGGGUUCGGGCGGGGGAGCAGAUCCUUCCGGCUUUGUGGCAAAACUGGGCUGACUCGGGUGAUGUUAUGUCCGACCGACUCAGGGAAAUGGUCAAACUGGGCGACUUGUCCUGCCUCUGCUCCUGCACUUAACUCUUGAGAGGACCUCGCUGCCGCCUCGGGAGGAACACCUGCACUCACUUCACACACGGGCUGGACCCCCGCAUUCUCUGUAGAUUCCCUUCGUCCUCCUAUGCAGCAAAACAACCCCUCUCCUCGCAAGGGGAGCGAAUUAUUGCGACCAGCCGGAGGGUGAAGCAUCCGCCGCGCAAGACAUUUCUUUUUGCUUAAUGAUAUUCGUGACUCUAUUCAGUACUUACAGGAAAAGUCUGGAUGCAAGCAUGGCCUUGAGUCGUGCUCACGGCGCCUGCUUGCGAGCUGGAUGUUGGCUUCGGUGAAGAUUAUUUUAUUCAUUUGGACAUCCAAGGAAAUUGCUCAUCACUCAACGCUUAUCGGACCAGCACCCGCCUAUUUUUUUGACUUGGGUUAAAAACGAACUGGCAGCCUGUUCCUGAUGCCCUUCGUACGCAGACUGCUGUUGUAAUGUAGGAACGGUCGGCGUGCUCUCCUAACCUGGAGCCGCCUCACCGGUGCAGUCUCCCCGAGUGCUUGCCCAGCCAUGAGCGGGCCGGUGUGGCGCCGCCGGCGCUGAGGCAGCGAGUAUGUGGCGCUGGAUGGGUCGGACGCUGCGGAGUGCACCGAGCAGUCAAUGCAGUAAGUGGCAGUCACACUGCGGCCGGGAGCUUCAGCCCAGCCAGCUAGCUAGCGAACAAGUUGAGUAAGCUAGUGAAGGUGUUACUCCGAGCCGGCCGCAUCCAGUGGAAUUAGCAAAUCUGCGGAGUGCGGCUUGAAGAGCAAUUAAUGCUGGGCGUACUGCUUGCGGCCAGGCGACGCCUUGUUCUCGACGCACAGGAUAAAGUCUGAUGUUUCCAGUCGCGAACUUUAGGCAGAUAGGAAUUUCAGGAUGGGAGCAGUGACAAGCCAGCCUGAUGAAAGAUGUCCAAAGCAAUGGAGAAUGCGACCCCUGAACCAGUUUAUGUCGACGUGGACAAAGGAUUGACAUUGGCCUGCUUUGUCUUCCUGUGCCUCUUCCUAAUCGUGAUGAUUGUCCGAUGUGCUAAGGUGAUCAUGGACCCGUACAGUGCCAUCCCUACAUCCACGUGGGAAGAACAGCACCUCGAUGACUGAUGACAAUGCCAGGGCUGAGGAGAUCCCCGGAUUCCUCCACGUGCAGCCGGGACGGAAUCCUGUGCUUCUGGGUCUUUGGGAGAGAACUGAACCAUUUACCAAGCUGAAUAUUAGAAUUCUGUGGAAGUGUUUACUGAAAAUUGCAUGUGAAUAAGUGCCUCACUGAAAUGUUGUGAUUGUCUCAAAUGACCUUUGUGUUGAUAUUGUGCGAUGCACUGAAUCAAUAGAACCAUAUAUUCGGCGCACUUCGUCUGUUGUCUUAGGGUAGCAUAGGAUAAACACAAGUCAAUUAUCUGCAAUCAAAUAUAAAAAUAACAUAUAAUGAAGUCUUGGCCUAUGCCUGCUAAAUUCUAUGGUCAAGAUUCCUAGUACUUUCUAUAAGCAAUAUCUAGUGAAGAUAUCAGUUUAGAAUGCUUUGUAGCAAACGUGCCUACCUUAAUUCUAGUAAGGUGAGGGAGUGUGAUGAGAAUCAGACUUGUUAAUGAAAAAUGUUUACAAUCAUUGGUGCUUCUCGACUUGUAACCUUGCUCUCAUUACAGCCUCACUUGCUAAUUUUCUCAAGAAGAUUUGCUUCCUGUUUCUGACUGUAAGUCUCAGCAGAUGAAUGAUUGAGCAACUCCCUCCAUUAUAACCCACUUGGCUAAUCAGAUCAUUGACCCUGGACUACAUCACGUUGUUAUACUGAACAUCCAUUUUGUGUGAAAGAGCAAACAGCCCUGUAUUGUGAGCCACUUUGCCAUCCUAACUCCAACACCAAUGCCAGUAUUUAACAAGCAUAA